AUAAUGGUCAUUUGUUAAUAAAGAGAAUAUCGAAACCAAGGGUAAAGGAAUUCAUAAUGAAGCUUGGACCGUGUAUCAACGGUUAACCCGCGGUAGAAGGUUCCAUUGGAACAAUUAUUUAUUUCAGGGUACCUCGUCUCUUUUUUUUAGAGGAAGUGUGGGGAUAAAUGACAAGAAGAUAUUGGAACAUCCAUUUGGAAGAGAUGAUGGAAGCGGGGGUUCAUUUUGGUCAUGGUACUAGGAAAUGGAAUCCUAGAAUGGCACCUUACAUCUCUGCAAAGCGUAAAGGUAUUCAUAUUACAAAUCUUACGAGAACUGCUCGUUUUUUAUCAGAAGCCUGUGAUUUAGUUUUUGACGCAGCAAGUAGAGGAAAACACUUCCUAAUAGUUGGUACGAAAGAUAAGGCAGCUGAUUCGGUAGCAUCAGCUGCAAUAAGGGCUCGGUGUCAUUAUGUCAAUAAAAAAUGGCUCGGUGGUAUGUCAACGAAUUGGUCCACUACGGAAACGAGGCUUCAGAAGUUCAGGGACUUGAGAGUGAGAGCCGAGAUGGGGCAACUCAGUCGUCUCCCGAAACGGGAUGCAGCAAUAUUGAAGAGACAAUUAUCUCACUUUCAAACAUAUCUGGGCGGUAUCAAAUAUAUGACGGGGUUACCCGAUAUUGUAAUCAUCAUUGAUCAGCAAGAAGAAUAUACGGCCCUUCGAGAAUGCGUCACUUUGGGUAUUCCAACUAUUUGUUUAAUCGAUACAAAUUGUGAUCCAGAUCUCGCAGAUAUUCCGAUUCCAGCCAACGAUGACGCUAUAGCUUCCAUCCGAUUGAUUCUUAACAAAUUAGUAUCCGCAAUUUGUCAGGGACGUUCUAGCUAUAUAAGAAGUCGUUGAUUAAUAAUAAGAUAAGUCAA